GGCCUGCCGUGUGGCGUACAACCCCCGGAACCUGUGCCGGACCCCGAUGGCGACAAAUUGGCGACGAUCGCGGCCCGAUUCAGCUAUUUCCAAGAGAGAAAGAACACGCUGACCACGGCAAAAGUCGAUCUACGUAGGAACAUCAAUCCACCGGCCAGGUACAAGAAUGCGAGGCCAACGGUCAGGCUCAGGCCACGUCAGGUCCUCUGCAGCAAGUGUAGAUCGAUCUGUAACGAGAAUAGCGAGAACGUGGACGUCAGCAGAAAACGGAAGCACGAUGAGAUUCAGCAGGAACAGCAGCAGCCGCAGCAACAGCAGGUCACGGGUCAUGGCGCCACUCGAAGGAGCGAUCGACGUUGCGGCCAGCAGCCGCAAAAAACUUCGAGAAUACUGUUCUCCGAAUGUCAGUCGGAGAACAUCACGAUGUCAUCUCAUCAAACAGCCAAGUCCUCGUCGUCUACAGCACUCAGUCCCGACUCGUCGAAGCUUGUGCCGUCUCUCAUCCCAAAAAUCUCAAGACUUCAACCGAAUGAAAUCAACAAUGCCAUGCAAGCUAAUGAAAAGGUGAAGAUCGAUCCGUCGUAUUGGAACAACCGAGCCGAGGAGGGUGACUCGUCGGCGAACGCGAUGGAACCAACGGAGGAACGCAUGGAAUCAACGGAUUGUGACAGCAAUCCAUCAAUGGCGUAUUGUGCCACGCCCAGAAGGCUUAGCAGCUCUUCCGUGGAGAGUGCGAAAAUACCUGAGGAAGAGGAGAAGAAAACGCUCGCGGCCGCGGACUCGACAAUGAGGCCAAGAACGGGUCGUGUGCCGCGAAAGAAACGAUCCGUCGGAUCUAUGGAAGAUUUAUGGGACGAAACUGUGUUCGAAGACCCGACGAGAACAGCCAGAACUACACCGGUGAUUAAGAUUUCUUUCGGUGCUCAGGGUGAAGGGACUGUGUUGAAAAUACCCUCCAAGAUCCAAGAUCCUGAGUACGAACAGGAAACCGACGACGCCGAAGACGCGCAGAUGGAGAAAGACCCGUUGGAGUUGCCAAAAAAUUUCGAUAACGAUUACGAUUAUCGCGAGGACGGAGAGGAAGACGGACAGGAGCAGGUGGAUCCUCAGAAACAAGGUGUGAAGGAUGCCAGUGCGAAGGCUGCGAAACGCGCAUUGAAGAAAGCUAAGAAAGAGGCCAGGAGGAAAAUGCUUGGUGGAGUUUCGCCUGCGAGAUCUCCUUGUAAUGGAUCUCCGCGUUACAAUCCAACAUACGAUACAUUAUCGUAUCAUCGUCGUAAGCAUAAAGUGAAGCAUAAAAAGAAGCACAAGGAGGACCGUAAACACAAGAGCCAACAAUCGCAGCAUCAGCAGCCUUGCUUGGAAUCCGGAAGUACCGAAAAUCAACAGAAUUGGAAUGUUCUUCCGGGUAGCGAGUCGUACACAGCCAUAAAGGAGCAGUGCCUGAAGCAAAAAUUAUCCAUAUCUCUCAAGAGGUUGAAUACAAACGCUUAUGCUAGAUGUGAUUACCCUGUGAGUAACUCUUCAUCGGGUUGCAAGACUCCUGGCGCGAGCAGUGAUGAACUGAGUGAACAGGAACCUGAAGUCGAUGCCGGUGAAACAGCUCCAGACUUUCCGCCGCAGUCUCAUCCUCUGAUGAUGCGUCUUGCUGCGACACCUGUCGAACAUUGUCUGACUGCUAACGGUAGAAGAAUGGACGUUGGUGACGUGGUGUGGGGAAAGAUUCAUGGAUUCCCUUGGUGGCCUGGAAAAGUUCUUAGUAUUACAGUUUCUUGUAAAGAAGAUGGUACAUCGUCUGGACCACAGGCCCACGUCGCUUGGUACGGUUCCUCGACAAGUUCUCUAAUGUCGUGCGACCAGUUGAGUCCAUUUUUAGAAACAUUCAAGACGCGAUACAAUAAAAAGAAAAGAGGCCCGUACAAGGAGGCGAUACGGCAGGCACAGAACGAAGCUCGAAGUCAGAUCACGCCUAACUCGACGAGUAGCGUGUUAAACGUGUGUAGUUCACCUCGCGAGGUCAACGUUCUCUCCUAAGGGAAGGUGCAUGGCGCUCGACACCAUUCCUUCAACUGCCGGGUAUCUGCCGGCGAAUAUUAAUUCUAACGGCGGAUCGAAAUUGUCAUGUAAUAUAUAAAACAAAUUUUUGUACAUAAUUGAUCUUAGCAUUAAUGGAAUAGAAUUCUUGAUCGAUGUUUUAAUUCAAUUGAGUCGCGCUUGCUGUCGUCGUUUGCGUUAAAUAUCAUUAAAUCAACGAUGACACUAACACCGAAUGAAGUUUACUGCCAUCACUAGCGCGUUUUUUAAUCCUCAGCUUUUUAUCCUCAGUGAACAUUUAGUGCGUAAAAGAUAUUUAGAUAGGGUUUAAUCUCUAGAGAUGACAUGUCAGCUCUCGAGGUAUAAUUUCGUA